AUGGCUGUUGAUAUUGCACAUUCAAUUUUCUAUAAUAAUAGUGUAACAGCAGUAGUUUGGUGUCAGAAUAACUGCGAUGACGUCACAAUGUUUUUAUCUAAAUUUCAAGGAGUCACAUAUAGUGCACAAUUGAAAAAUGACAGCAAUAUCCGAGAAGUGAAACUUAUUCUUGACUACAAACAAGCUGUGAUUUUCAUAUCGAAGCCGAAUGAAUUUCAAAUCUACCUUACACUAAUUUACGAAAUUAUGGUUGUAUCUAUACGAAUAAUAUUGGUAAUAAUGUAUGAAGAAACGAAAUUAAUCGAAAUCAUGAAUAUGGCUUGGAAAUAUGGUAUUACUGAUAUUUUUGUAUUGAGUAUGAAAGAAAAUAAAGGAAGAGUGUCCACAUAUUUCCCAUAUAGCAACGGAAUCUGCGGAAAUACCGUCCCCGUGUUGUUAAACAAUAUAACAGAUAUAAAACUGUCUCUAACAAAUAAAUUUAAAAAUUUUCAAGGGUGCCCCAUUAGAUUUACUUUAAUUUAUUAUGACCCAUAUAUUAAAUAUGAAGCUGAUAUAGUAAAUGGAACGAUUAAGACAGUCACUGGAUUAGAAGCUCCAAUACCUUUACUUUUAAGUUAUAUGCUGAACGCCAGUUUGGAGUUUUUACCUGCAUCAUUAAAUUUAAAUGUAGAAACUACGUCUAAUAGUCAAUUCUUUUUAAAUUUAUUAGAAAACAGAAGUGAUAUAAGUGUACCCGCUACAUUAUUAAACUUGGAAAGAUAUCAAUUAGCACAAUCAUCAUUCGCAUACAAAAUUUUAAAGAUUUAUUGGAUUGGACCACCCCAAAGAAAAAUUGAAACGUGGGCUAAAAUGUUACAUAUUUUUUUUAACAAUUAUAUUUCAUUAUGCUUCUGCGUAACAUUUUUUAUAUUUGUUGUGGUAACAACAGUAAUUUCAAGAUGUAAUAUACUUGACAUUAAGGCAAAAAACAAUAUUCUUAUUAAUUCUUAUUCGAUUUUUAUAGGACAUGAAGCUAAAUUUGAAACCAAAUCUGCUAUAGUUAAUAGUCUUUUUAUUAUGUGGAUAUAUUUUUGCAUUGUAUUACGCCUGGUGCUACAAGGAAAUUUGACAAGCGACUUACAGAACACACCAUUAGAGCCGCCAUGGACAUCAAUGGACUACGCGAUAAACCAAGUUGAGGGUUAUGGAGGAGGACUAAUGUUUAAGAAUGUGUUUAAAGGCACUAGAAUAGAAAAUAAUUAUAAAGGCUUUGAUCGAGAUGAAAGUUAUAACUGCCUAAAAAGGAUUGCGAAGGGACAUAAAUUUAUUAUGCUAGCAGAUAAAAUGUCAGUUGAUUUAAAUAUCAGAGCAAAUUUUCAAUACAUUGGUGUAUCAAAUUUUACGAUAUAUACUUAUUAUUAUAUGAGACCUGGCUGGCCAGCUGCACCAAGAAUUAGUAAACUCAUCCAAAAAAUAUUUGAAGUUGGAUUUAUUGUGAAAUCUAAUAAGGAUAAUGAAUAUACUAAUAUAUUAAAAUUUAAUAUUCAUGAUAAUUCACCUGUUGUCCAAAAUCCCGAACCUUUAGGCCUGGAUGAUUUUAAGGGAUUUUUCAAAUUAAAACUUUUGUAG